AUGCCGUCUUUUACGAGGGCAGAAAUGAAUCAGCACGUGGCAAAUUCAGGAAAACGAGUCGCAAAUGCUGAGUACCACUCGAUCCCGACGAAUUUAAGGAAAGCGAAAACAUUUCUGCAGGACGAGUACCUGAAAGAAAUCGAAGCCAACAGCGAUCAGAGGUAUUUUUAUUUGAAAGCAAAGUGCUUUCAUAGUUUCAAGAAGAGUGAAGCUCCCCAUGAUCUUCGUUUUGCUAUGUGCAUUGUCUCAGGCCAAGUCACACAUGCCAACUGCUCAUGCAAAGCUGGCAAAGUGGGAUAUUGCAACCACGUUCUUGCAUUGAUGUUCAAAGCAUGCAAGUUUAGUUUAUUUGACAGUAAAAGCACCGAUGAUUUGUGCCAGGAUGAUGAUGAAUUGCCUGAUCUUGCCUGUACCUCACAGCUCCAGAAAUGGCACAAAAAGGGUCGAGGGGACAAAAUAUCUGCCCAACCAGUAAUGGAAGUCACCGUUACUAAGACUAAACUAGAUGAGGCAAGGUGCAGAGAUGGAGUGAAAUGCUUGAUAUAUGAUGCAAGAUGUAAACCCGAGCAUGACUUUCAAGGUGAAAUGAACUUGAAAAAGGCUCUUGAAAAAAUAAAUCCUCAAAUGGGUUUAUCAAUAAUGGCAAGAGAGGAUUCUUCUCUCAGCAAAUGUGUGGAGACGAAGUUUGGCAAAAGUCAAAUUGGCUCAUUUUGUAGCUACCAAUUGACUCAUACUGAGGCAAACUUUGUGGCUACCAUUGACAUUUCAUCUGUACCAAGAAAUGACAUUGGUGAAACUGAACUGACUUAUCCCAGGUUCCCGCUAAACUCGAGUAGUGAUUUUGUAUGGCCUGACAACUUGACUGUGUCUGAAAAGGCACUCAUCAGUUCUCUUGUGGUUGAUGAAAUUAAGUUCAACAAUAUUGAGGAAGCCACAAGAGAUCAAUCAUCCUCAGAGCAGUGGAAGAAGGAACGAAAAUUCAGAUUCACUGCUUCAAAAUUCGACCUCAUCUCAAAAAGGCAAAGGAACCAUGAUAAGUUUGCAGUGGAUCUCAUUAAUCCAAAACCAUUCACCUCAAGGUAUGUGGAACAUGGCAUAAAAUAUGACCCAAUUGCUAUCCAAGAGUAUGAGAAAGUAAUGUUCACACGGAAGACACCUAUUAAG